AUGCCUACCGCUAUCUCAAUUCGCAAAGUGGACGGCAAGCCCGGUCAAGUUUACUAUCCUCUAGAGAAGAUCAACGUUCCCGAAAGCACACCAAAAGACAAUCAAGUCGUCGUCAAAAUCACCGCUGCAGCAUUGAACCAUCGAGACCACUUCAUUCGCCAGCACCUAUACCCAGGCACAACUUUCGGUGUACCGCUUCUUGCAGACGGCACUGGCAUCGUAACAUCGACCGGAUCCUCUCCCGAAGCAAAGAAAUGGCUCAACAAGCGCGUCAUCCUCAACCCAGGUAGCGGAUGGAAAGAUGACCCUGAGGGUCCUGAAGAUCCUAAGGGAUAUGCUAUACUCGGAGGAACAAAGCUCAACCCUUUGGGUACCUUGACAGAGAGUCUGGUCAUUGAUGCAUCUGAGCUGGAGGAGGCACCCAAGCAUCUCUCGAAUGCUGAGGCUGCAGCACUGCCUCUUACAGGUCUCACUGCUUGGAGAGCAACCGUCACCAAAAGUGGCAACUGCAAACCUGGCCGUAAUGUGCUCAUCACCGGCAUUGGAGGUGGUGUGGCACUCAUGGCACUGCUGUUCGCAACUGCCGCUGGUGCAAAUGUCUUCGUGACGAGUGGAAGUCAAGAAAAGCUGGACAAAGCUAAGAAGCUAGGUGCAGCAGGAGGUGCUCUGUACAAGGAAGAGGACUGGGAAAAGAAGUUGUUGGAGCAACUACCGAAGGAUAGAAAGUUCCUCGAUACUGUCAUCGAUGGUGCUGGUGGUGACAUUGUUGGAAAGACUUUCAAGAUUCUGAAGCCUGGUGGUGUCAUUGUUUCAUAUGGCAUGACAACAGGUCCGAAGAUGCCCUUCACGAUGGCUGCUGUUCUCAAGAACAUUGACCUUCGUGGCUCUACCAUGGGCUCAAGAAAAGAGUUUGCCGAUAUGGUCAGCUUCGUGUCAUCCAAGAACAUUCGACCCGUCGUGUCGAGGACAGUCACUGGAAUUGAUAACCUUGAGGCUAUCAACGGAUUGUUCGAGGACAUCAAGAAUGCUAGCCAAUUUGGCAAGCUGGUAAUUGAGCUCGAAAAAGGAGCAGAAGCUAGCAAGCUCUAG